CCCCGUCGCCUCCCGGAAGCGUGCGCCCGUCGGCGGGUGAGGUGGGUCGGGUUGGGGUCCCGCCCUGGUUGCGGCUGGAGGGGGACUACCGGAGGUCCUGAAGUCGCGAACGCCUGCGGUGGCCUGAACGAGAUACCCAGUUCCAAGGCUCCAGCCAUCCUGUGUCUCACUGAAGGUCUGCUGCCCAAUGGCCAUGCCCAAGAGCCGCCUGAGCCCAGUGCCCUGGGAACAGGAUGGCUUUCUCUGGGUGAAAAUGGAGGAGGAGGAGGCCAGCCUCUUCCAGGUCCAGGAAUCUAGCUUUGGCCACACUAUCCACCCUGAGGCUGCACGUCUGUGCUUCCGGCACUUCUGCUUUGAGGAGGUGUCCAGCCCUCGUGAGGUGCUGGCCCGCUAACCGGGGAGCUCUGCCGCCAGUGGCUGCGGCCCGAGGCGCACUCCAAGGAGGAGAUGCUGGAGCUGAUGGUGCUGGAGCAGUUCCUGAGCGCGCUGCCCCCCGAGGUCCAGUCUUGGGUGGGCGCUCAGUCCCCCAAGAGUGGCGAGGAGGCCGCUGUGCUGGUGGAGGAUCUAACUCGGGUACUGAACAAGAGAGGCUGGGCGCUGGGAUCUGAACUCACAGACACCAGCUGUAAGCAGAGCGGUUCAGAGGAGUCCGGGCCCUGGGACAGGGCCACUGAAACCGUGGGAGGAGGGACUCCCCCGGGACCCGCCUUUGGUGAUGACUGUGAAUCCAAGGGUGGCCCAGAGAGGCAGGCCAGACUCUCAGGGGAAAUGUGGGCCCAGUCUGCCGCCCACCAGAUGGAUUUGAGGAAAACUUCAGGGCCUCACAAGGACGCUCCCCCAGCCCAGCCUAGCUGUGAAGCUGGUGCCUUGGGGGACAUCCCCCACGUGCGGCCAGACCUCACCUCCCGAGAGAAGACGCCUUCCGAGGAGAGAUGGGAUCCACCGGAUGGCUGUGGGACAGAGCCUCCAGGCACAUGCUCUGGAAGGAAGCCCCCCAUGAGUAGAGAGUGGGGGAAGACGCUCCGGAGCCCCUCGAUGGCCCACCAGAAGACCCGCGCCCGCAAGACACCCUACACCUACAGCGAGUGCGGGAAAGCCUUCUGUCGGAGCGUGCACCUGGCCCAGCACCGGGUGGUGCACACGGGGGCCAAGCCCCACGCGUGCACGGAGUGCGGCAAGGCCUUCGGCCGGCUCACCCACCUGAGCCAGCACUGGAGGGUGCACACCGGCGAGAAGCCCUACGCCUGCGCCGAGUGCGGCAAGACCUUCCGCCGCAGCUCCCACCUCAGUCAGCACCGGUGGACGCACUCGGGCGAGCGGCCCUACGCAUGCGACGCGUGCGGCGAGGCCUUCAGCCAGAGCACACAUCUGACCCAGCACCGGCGCGUGCACACCGGCGAGAAGCCCUACGAGUGCGGCGCCUAUGGCCGCGCCUUCAGUGACUGCUCGGCGCUGGUGCAGCGGGUGCACUCCGGAGAGAAGCCCUACCAGUGCCGGGCGUGCCCCAAGGCCUUCACGCAGAGCUCCUCCCUCCUCGAGCACAAGCGUGCACACGGGCUAGAAGCCCUACCGGUGCAGCGACUGCGGGAAGGCCUUCAGCCGCAGCUCCGCCCUCAUGGUUCACCUGCGCCUCCACGUCAGCGUCCUGCAGUGACGAGCGCACCUCCCGCCAAGGCGCAGCGCUGGCGAGGAACCCAAAUUCCAGAAGAACCAGGACAGCUGGACUGGGGACUGGUGAGUCCCCGAAACGACAAGGUGCUUACGGACAGAAUCUGGGGCUGCUGGGGGACAGCGCUUCAUUCAGGGACGCAGAGGGAGGCUCUUCGGGCCAGCCAGCGAAGCUUCCAGAAGACCCCGGCUGCCUUCCGUUCCCCACUCAGGGCCGUCUCAGAACGGCUGAAUCCAGGGGGAGCGUUGGUUCUUGAAGCCUGGACAGACCACGUCGCCCUACUCUCAGGACUCAGGGGCCCCCAGGUGCUCGGGCGGGAGGCUGAUCUUCACACGCCCAAGUGGCUGCCCUUUCCGCCCGCCCCUCUCCUGUGUAAUCGGGGGGCCUGCCCACGCCCACCUGUGCCUUCACACACACUGUUCCCUCCGCCUGCCCAAGUCCGACUCCAAGGCCAGCCUGGGAGCUGCCUGUUACACGAGGCCCUCUCCGACCCUCAGCCUCUCUGGCAUUUGCCCUGUCCAGAGGGUGCUCUUGUCGCUGCACAGCAUCCAUUUCUCCCUGCCCGCUCUGUGCACGGCCCACCAGUCGUCAGCCUGUUGAUUUUAGUUACAACCUCCUCUACCCUGUCUUCACCAUCAUUACCUUCUGCGGGCCCACAUCCCCUGUCCCCGGGAUUCCAGCAGGGGGGUCUCCUUCCUGAAGCCUUUCUGCCUUCAUUACACACACCACACAUAAACACACACACGACAUACGUUUAUUACACACACCACAUACAUACACACACCCCACAUACAUAUAUCACACAUACCACUACACACAUACACACCACAUACAUAUAUCACACACACCACGUACAUACACCACAUACAUUUACCACACAAACCACAACACACCACAUACAUACACACACCACAUACAUAUAUCACACACAUACAUAUAUCACACAUACCACAUACAUAUAUCACACACACCACAUAUAUAUAUCACACACACCACAUACAUACACACACCACAUUUACCACACACCACAUAGAUACACACACCACAUACAUUUACCACACAUACACACCACAUACAUACACAGUCCCCCUACACACACCACACACAAACCACAUACCACAUACGCACUCACAUCACACAUGUGCACACACUCACACACACCACAUACACAAACCACAUACAUACACAUCCCCCUACACAUAUACCACAUACUCACACCACACAAACUAGAGACAUACCCCACAUACAUACACACACCCCACAUACAUACACACAGCACACACGCACACUGUAUACAAACACAUUUCCCCCACACCACGUACACCACACACAAACCAACACACACACCACGCACACAUGCCACUUACAUACACAUCCCCACAUACACACACACGGUUGUUUCCUUCUCCACACGGGCCUCCAGCAGGCUCUUUCCACAACCUGAAUCUGAUCGUGUCUCUGCAGUUGUGGGAAGCUCUCCACUGCAUCACCUUCUACAGCAAAGCUUCCUGAAUGGGUUACAAGUUUGCUGAGACAUAAGUGGCUUUGGGAACCAGGCUGUCUAUCCAGUUACCUUCCUAUGUGUUUAUGAACACUCAUUUUGCUGUGUGCACAGUGGAGUGAACAUGAAUUCAGAUCACUGCCCUGUGAGAUGAACCUGAGACUCCCAUCAGCUGCCAUUCACGGUUGUUGGUGCCGGGCCCUCAGCCUUAUCUCCUGUGGCCCUACCUCCCACACGCCAGCCUUGCAGAACACGUGCUUCCUGGAGGAGCCGUCCUUUCUCCCACGGAUGUGCCUUUGCCUCUGUGCGUGGAACCCUCCUCUCUCUCCUCUAGGACGUUUCCCCUGUCCCUCCCCCAUGUCCCCACUUGCGCUCUCUGCUCCCCAAGUGCCUCCCAGUGACUCCUCCUGAGCCUCCUAUGUCUCAUAGCUACUUCUCACAGAGCUUGGAGUUUGUCUUCCCUGAGGACACUGAGCAUUCAGGAGCAGGGCUGUGUCUCCUCAGUGUCCACAGCACACGGGCCAGAGGUGCUGAGCAAAGGCUGCUGAACACUUGACUGAUGCCUUUCCACAGGCGGUUGCCACACUCCACCCUGAGUCAUCCUCAUAGAUGUUUACGUGGCUGUCUCCCCCAGUUGUGGGCCCUCCAGGACAAGCCACCCGAUUCCUCCAGGGCCCCAGUGCCCAGACAAGCCAGCAUCAGUGGCCUCCAUAAGGUGUGCCGAGCCUGCCCUGUCCGUGGCCCCACAGCUCCAUGACUGCCGCAGCUGGCCGUGACCUCUGUCUUCCCUCUCAGCUCUGUGCCCCCAUCACGCUUGCAGGCUCCAUGUCUGUAACCGACAUGGCAGCCUCUGUUCCUCUGUUCCUGUCAAGGCAUCAGCCUUCUUCCCUCUGGUUUUCUGACGACCCUACGGCGUGUGAACCUGACCCCCCACCGCACAGCUGUGUAUUGUGUACUGGUCAUCAACACCAUCUCUCCCUGUGUUUCUCCCUCCGUCUCAAAUUCAUUCCUUUUGUGUCAUGAGUAAACAAAGACCUCUGACGAGCGAGGUUCAGAGCAGGAAGGCUGAGACCCAGGGAGACGGAGAUCUUGUCAGCAUCUCAGAGAGUUCCAGGUGUACCUAGACAUAGCAUGGCCGAGGCUCAGAUGCUGAGGACCUGACAGGACGUGAGGGAAGACUGAGAGGCGAGAGACACGUGUCACCCUGCCCUUAGGCCCUCAGCAGGCUGCAGGGGACAGAAAAGACAUGAACCUAACAUCAGGCCUCGGGGACCCCAGGUAAAUGCCUUCCCUGAGCCUCAGUGACCGGCUCGGUCAGGAGAGGGGAUGAUGAGACCCGCCUUGUGCAGCACCUGAUGCAGGCUCUGGGCACUGGCCCUGACUGCUGGCACCUGACUCCCCCUUUCUGCCCCACCCUCCCGCUCUCUCUCACUGAGGAACUGUAUCUCCUCCCCACCUCGGCACUCAGAGCACCUAUAACACCCACUUUGUCAUUAGACAUAUAUCUACUUAUGUUUAUCUAAAGAAGGAGGUCAGGGGAAGAAAGGAAUCUUUAUUAAGGUCUUACAUCCCAUUUAAAUGGUAAAAUAUUAAUUCUGAGUAGACUGCAAAGAGUUAAGUAUGUAUACUGUAAUCCCAAGAGAAAUCUUUAAAAAAGACUAUACAAAGAGAAUUCAUUGGAAUGACUAAUGCUAAAGCUCCAAUACUUUGGCCACCUGAUGCAAACUGACUCAUUGGAAAAGACCCUGAUGCUGGGAAAGAUUGAAGGCAGAAGGGGACGACAGAGGAUGAGAGGGUUGGAUGGCAUCACCGACUCGAUGGACGUGAAUUUGAGCAAGCUCUGGGAGUUGGUGACGGACACGGAAGCCUGGCAUGUUGCAGUCCAUGGGGUCGCAAAGAGUUGGACACGACUGAGCGACUGAACUGAACUGAAACAGAGAUGAUCAAAAACUCAGAUGAGUUAAAAAGGAAGCUGAGAAACAACCCAAAAGAAAGCAGGAAAGGGGAAACUGACAGAUAACAAAAGGAACAAACAGGAAAGAAAAAGGCAGACCAAACUGUAAGCUUAUAUGUUGUCACAUAUAUAUGAUCUAAACAUACCUAUUAAAAGGAUCUGCCAGAAUGAAUUAAAAAAAAAGAAAAGAAGAAACUUAGCUUUCAAUAUGAUGAUAUAGGGACUUCCCUGGUGGUCCAGUGGUUAAGAAUCCACCUUGCAAUCCAGGGACAGAUUCAAUCCCUGGUCAGGGAACUAGAUCCCACAUGUUGCGUAGAAGCUGAGCACCACAACUACGGAGCCCCUGUGCUCCGAAGCCGCUGAGCCACAACUAGAGAGUUCAUGUGUCCCAGUGAAAGAUCCUGCAUGACGCAACAAAGACCCUCAGGCCUCAACUAAGACCCCAUGCAGCCUAAUAAAUAUUUUAAAAAUAAAUGUAAUUAUAUGGGUAAGCUUAAAGUAAAAGAGCAGCGAAAGAUAUAUUAUGAAAUCUUCAUCAAAAAAAUGAUGCAAUGACUACAUUAAUAUCAAACCAAGAAGACUUAAGAACAAGGAAAAUUACUAGGACUAAAGAAGUUACAUAGCCAUAAAGAGACAAUUCACCAAAAAGACCUAACAGUUCCAAAUAAUGUAUGCAUUUAACAACAAAGCCUUAAAAUAACAGGAAAUAAAAACUGAUAGAGCUGAAAGAAAAUAAUAGACAAAUUCACAAUUAUAAUUGGAGACUUCAACACCCCUCUCACUAGAAUCAACAAAACAAAACAAAAAACCAGUAAGGACACAAAAGAACUGACCAAUGUCAUCAACCAACUGGAUGUAAUGAAGUUGCAAAAUGUCAAACUUUGUUUAUCCAGAAAUAAGUAAUUUCCCAUGAUUUAAGCUAAGAUAAAACUUUUAAAGCCUGA